CAACUACGCCUUUCUGGUCGCUGCGCACAGAAAGUAAAGGCUAAAUUGCACAAGAAGGCAAGGCAAUCACUCGUCAUCCUCCAAUUUUGGUUUCUCAUCGAGACGCCUCCGGUGAGGACAUCCAACACUGCGUUUUAGAGAACACACAGCGGCGUCGGAUCUCGUUGCUUAAUUACUUUAAAACGCCUUACAACCGUUCGUUAUCGGGGAGCUGUUUAGGUUUUCAGUGGCUUUUUUUCACAUGGUUUAAGGUGAUUUAUUUAUUUAUAGCAGACAAUUAUAACCAUGGAGGCACAAUCUGCAUUGGCCUUUCGAAGAUCAGGUGCAAGGCAACUUAGUAACUAUGGAGCCCCUGGAGCUCGAUCUUCCCCUUUGCCUAUUCGUCCUGCCUCUUUGGAAAACAAACAUCCCAAAUUUCCAGACUCUCAGCACAUCUCCAUGGGAACACAGAAUUUCACUGCUCUUCCUUCAGUAUCCUCAACUAACGGAGCUGUUGGUCACAUUUUUUCUUCUUCGUCUUCAGGGAUGUCUUCAGAUCUUCACUUUUCUUCUGUUACUUCUCACCAAAAGCAUUCAGAAACGCCAUCUUUCAUAUCUCAAUCCUCAGGAGUUCUUCAAUCGACUACAUCAAACCAGUAUAUGAAAGAAAACAACAACAGCUCAUGGUGUACAGAUUCACUGCCUGAUUUUCUUGAUUACCCUCAAGAUAAUACCCCUAUUCAGUCUAGUAAUUUACAAGAGGAUCUUGGUAAACAAAAUGAUUGGCAAGAUUGGGCUGAUCAGCUUAUUACUGAAGACGAUGCUAUGACCCCUGAUUGGAAUGAGAUUCUUAUUGAUACAAAUAUUGUUGAAUCAGAGCCAAAGAUGGCAUAUCAUGUGGGGGGAUCAUCUACAAACUCGAUGCAAAUACAAGCAAUUCCUGCAUCAUCUGAAGAAGCUUGCAUUCCACUGACUCCCACUCCAUCUUCUUGUGGGAACAGUGGGUCCCAUUCCAAACCAAGGAUGCGUUGGACUCCAGAGCUUCAUGAAGCGUUUGUGGAGGCAGUCAACAAGCUGGGUGGAAGUGAAAGAGCUACUCCAAAGGGAGUACUGAAGCAAAUGAAAGUGGAUGGGUUGACGAUAUAUCAUGUGAAAAGUCACCUACAGAAAUAUAGGACAGCUAGAUAUAGACCUGAGCUCUCAUCAGAAGGAGCUUCAGAGAAAAAAACUUCAGUUGAAGAUUUCUCAUCUUUGGAGUUGAAAACGGGUUUGGAGAUCACUGAAGCAUUACGAUUACAGAUGGAAGUCCAGAAGCGCCUACAUGAACAACUUGAGAUCCAAAGAAACUUACAGCUGAGAAUAGAAGAACAAGGCAGAUACCUUCAGAUGAUGUUUGAGAAACAAUGCAAGCCAGGAGGAGGAAUCAAUGACAAUUUCAAAGCUUCAUCAUCAUCUACUACCCAAGUCCUAGACUCGACCAACGAACCGGGACCCGACCCGGUGGUGGGACCGGGACCAGAUGAUGACUCGCAACCAUCAAAGCGUGCAAAAGUUAACGAGUAAAAAAUGAUGGAAAAAUAUUGACAAUUGCCUGCUGUCUUUGUUUUUUUUAUAUGGUCGUAAGGUUUAGUUUUAUGGUCAUGACAUGAUGAUACCAAAGUCUGACUUGGAAACUUUUUGACUUUGUAAUUGCUUCUUUCUGAGAUUAUAAGAACCCUAAAUCAGCAGGUAGCAGGUACUAUUCGGAAUCAUGCUAGAAAUAGAGGUAGUAGUAUAGGAUUCUCUAUAAAGGAGGAGGAGAUUCGGUGUUAUUUGCCAAAGCUUGGUUGUACUGUACAUAUGUAUCCGUAUCAUAUCAUGUACUCUUAUCAACUUAUGAAAUCAUGAUGAACAACAG